AUGAAGAUGUCGGGCUUUGACAUGGGUGGACUCUUUGCUCCACCACCGCCAUUGAUGGGUGUUCAGCUCCAAGGUGGCGUCUCGGCACCGCCAACUCCCCUCUGGCCUCCGCAUCCAUCCACCGCUCCCCACACACCCCUUCUCCCACCGUUGCAAAGUUUCCCGCAAAAUUUGGCCACUUUUCACAACCUGAGUGCCCUUGGUGCUCUUCAUGGAUCGAACCUUCACGGAUCAACUCCACCCACACCUUUCGCCGCCGCCACUCCACUUCCGGCUCUCGAUUUGACCCCGAAACCACCAGAUUCGAUUAAGGGCUUCGGUUCACUCACCUGGUUGUCGUCGAAGGCUGGGCUGAUCACGUGCAAAGACAAAAUGUCUCAAGUGAUCUCGUUCCAAAUCAAAGAUUUCUGUGAUCAGCAACUCACCGAUCUCACCAGUGUGCUCCGUGUCGGAUUCACGCUCUUGUUUCAGGCAGCUCUCUCGGAAAGCAAUGAGUACAUCGCGACACUCGUUUCACCACUUUAUGGACAGGAAGCGGAGACCGUUUUCCAGAAUCAAGGCGAGGUGAAUCUCGAGAAGUUGUCGCCGAGUCCACCAAAUAGCAAAGAUGCCUACAGUUGUGCCGAAGAAGCUCGAGCAAUUCCGGCUCUUCUCGGCAUCUUCCAGCGUCACUCGCUUCCACAGAUUCAAUUGAGCAGCAUGCAUUCGCAUAUUUCAUCAUGCGGAGAUGAGGAGCUUUUUCGCUAUGUCGGCUCAUCGUCGUUGAAAAGACGUCAAUUCAUUGAGCGUCGCACUCAUCUCUUCAAAUUAAACGCUGAUGACACAAUCUCGCUUCAGCCUCCAUGGAUCUAUUCAUGCGUUUGUCGUCUUGCUUCUCGUCUUCUUCGUCGUGGUGGAGCCACAGCGAUUCAAUCACUUUAUGAAUACUAUUGCUCUCAAGAAAUGCCGACUGAAAUUCGUGAAUCGAUUGGAGAAGGAAAGCCCGAAUUCCUUGGUUUAAUCCAAGCUCAUCCAUGGAUCUUUGCCUUAUUCCCCAAUCGUACUUAUGUGUCCGUGCGUCGAAAUCUUCCCCAAUUUGACUAUGGGGUUUUCAUUAAACAGACUUUCCCGGACAGUGACCUUUUCCGUCCUCCAUCAUCCCAUUCACACUACACUCAUCAAAAUAAUCCGGCUCGUGUUAUCAGAUCAUUGUCUCAUCAACCAAUCUCAACUGGUGGCCGUACUCCAUCCGUGAACGCUUCUCGUCCACAUUCCCUUUGGGAAUCGCAAGCACAGAUUGUUCCAACACCACUUUCCAGCUCUGCUGCCGAGCAAUGGUCUCCUCUAUUCAACCAGAAUAUCGCUUGGCGUCCAUCUCCAGCUCCAUCAACUGCAUCCCUUCUCACACAAACUCCAAAUAUGACAAAGGUCUUGAUCUCAGCAUCAACUCAAACCGGUAGCUCGUGGCCGGGCACUCUUGGUGAAGGGGAAUGUUCAUGUCGUUGCACUUGUGGAAGAGGUCCAAUUCCUCCAUCCGUCUUCACUGGAAAUCAUUUCACCACUCAUCGCAAUAGUGGUGGUGGAUCGACGUCGCCUCCAUCGCUUGAAAGUGGAUCUCCAGGAUCGCGCGGUCCAUCGAGCCCUGUUCCACCCAGCAACAAUAUGCGCUACUAUGAUCCAUUCGGCAGUAAUGUUUUCGACAUCAAUCCACUCACCAAUCUCACUCUG